UAUUAUUAUUGUUAUCAUCAUUAUUAUUAUUAUCAAUAUUGUUAUUAUUCGUGGUUUGUGUUAAACAAAAACGUCGUGCAACUGGCGAAAGUACGUGGAAAAAUCAGCAAAAUUGAAGACUUUGCGAGAAAUCUUUGGAAGUCCGUUAAGGCUUGCGUUUGCGGCAUGCGCCAUCCCACAACUGGCCUUAACGAAGACGACCUGAGUCGUCUCACUGGUUCAUCCUCCUCAUCAAAUUCGUCGUCGUCAAGCGCCAGCUCAUCCUCAUCAUCAUCAUCAUCAUCGUCGUCGUCGUCGCCGGGAACAGGCGCUGGCACUGGCACAGCCAUAGACGUUGCCAUUGUCACAUCGGACAGCUGCGAUGUGGUGGUGCAGCACUCGAAUACGGAGGCAACAGCCACGCCACGCUUCAAUUCCACCUAUCUACCCGAAAUCAUAAAUCCAUUGGAAUGGCAAAAGUCACGUAAGCGCAAGGAGCGCCUGGACAGCUGCUCGGCGAGCAGCCAGGAUCGCAAGCUACAGCGCAGCAACAGCGAGGAGCUGCUGACCGAACCGGAUCCAGCAAUCACAGCAAACUCUGCAUCGACAACAACAACAACAACAACAACAAUAGGCACACCAACAGCGGCAACAACACCCAACACUCUCAACAACCAACGCUCAUCCAAUCACACAUGUGACGUCAUACGCCGUGUCUCCUCCGAGGAGUUCAAGCGCACGGCCAGCUUUGCCAGCUAUUGCCAGGAAUUCGAGCGCGACGCCAAAGUCGACUUGCCCCUGGACAACAGCGAGCAGCAGGAGAAUAAUGCGGCCUUGGCCAAUGUGCCACUGAAUAUCAACGCGGAGGCGCUCAAGGAUCGCGCACGCUUCGAGACAAGCCCGGCGCGCUCUCAGCCCCACUCGCCGGUGCGCAACGGCAACGGCAAUGGCAAUGGCAAGCAGCAGCAGCAACAGUUGCUGCGCGAUGCCAGCGAUGACAGCGAAUGCGAGCACGAGCGUCGCCGCAGCAGCGAACGCUUCUGCAAGUCGCGUCAGCCGCCGGUACGCAAGUCCGGCGUCAGCAAGAAGCCCAGCGCCGUGGGCAAGUAUUUGCCCUCCAGGCGGGACGAGCAGAGCGCCUACAAGUACGAUCUGUCGGCGCUGAAGUAUGAGCGUCGCGGCUUCAUCAGCAGCAAGAAGCAACAGCAGCUGCAGCAGCAACAGCAGAGCACCGCAGCAACAAUCGCUGAUCACAAUGACAACAAUCUAAUUGACUUUCAUCAGCAACAGUUGCAGCAGCAGCAGCAACUUCAGAACAAGCGCAGCACCAGCAUCUCGCCCACGCCCACCACGAGCAGCUCCUGCAGCUCGGCGGGCAGCGAUGACACCACCCCGAAUCCUGCGCCCAUCAAGGCCAAGCCACCACAGCGCCAACAGCAGUCACUCAAUCUGACCUCCGCCCAGGAGUCGCUGCCCUGGGAGCGCGGCGAUGAGCCAGCGCCCGUGCUGAGCCGUCGCUAUGCCCACUCGAGACACCAUGCCGGCGGCAACAUCGAUGCCGCUGCCAAGCUGGCCAAGGUGAUGCCCUAUCCACAGCAGCUGCCCAAGCAGGCAUCCAGCGUGCAGCUGCUGGGCGAGGAUAUGGAUUGUCUGGAGCCCAUGGAUGCAGUGCGCGCGUUUAGCUCGCUGGAGAAUAUGCGCACACGCGACGUCAUGCAGCAGGUGGUGCCCGCUAUGAUGGCUUUCCAGACGCCCGAAGAGCGCGUCAAGGCCAUCAAUCGUCGUGUGACAGCGCUCAAGAAGAAACUGGUGCAGCUGGAAGAUUCGCUGGAGCAGCGUCUGGGCUAUCGGCCAUCCCAAGCGGAACGUUUGAAUGACAAAUACAUGAAGAAUGCACUCGCCGAGCUGAGCAAGCUGCGCAAGGAGCGUCACGAACUAAAGACUGAUCCCAUCUCAGCGCUGGGCAUGAAAAUAGGCGCCGGCAGCUGCGGCGCUGGCUACGCAGCCAGCGGACAGGAAGCAGCCAAGAAAUUGGAGCGCAUGAAGCAUACGCUCAGCGAAAUCGAGCAGAAUCUCAGCGAGAAACGUACGCAGAAUCAUCGGCCACAGCAGCUGGAGGAGCUGACCUCGGAUCAGCUGGUGCAGGAGAAGAGCGCCGUCCAGCAUGGCCUGCUGUACUUCGAGAGUCUCUAUGGCCAUCCCAUAACCAAGGAAGAGCGAGAUGCGGCACGCCCACUCUACGAUCGUUAUAGGCAGCUGAAGCGUCUGGUCUCCCGUCACAUUAUAUUCGGCGGUGGUGCCGGCGUGAAUGAGUUGCCCACGAUAUUGGAGCAUGAGGCUAUGGUCUUUGAGGCAACAUCGACACCGCUGCAGUAUUCAUCGAAUAACAGUACUGAGACGACGAACUCACCCAGCGACUCCAUGGCGCCAAAUAACCAAACACAGAAUGCUUCCUCCGAUGAGUCGACCACAACGACAACAACAACCACAACAACCGCCACAGACUCGGCACAGGCGGAGAAUAUCGCGGCGCUCAGCGUGGACCAGCUGUGGGAGCAGCUGGAACGUGUGCGCAACGAGAAGAUGGUGCUGAAGGCGACCAUUAGGGAAUACGAGUCCAUAUUCGAGGAGCAGAAUGGACGCAAAAUGCUGAAGCCGGACCGAAAGAGUCUCGAAACGGAGACCUAUGCGCAGUACAAGGAGAAGAAGGCGAAGGUGCGUCUGCUGCAGGCGCUGAUCAAGAAGCACAUCGGACACUAGAUGGCGCUGCAUACACCCACACAGACCGACACACACACACACACUCAGAGUCAUACAAAUUAUUUAUUUCAUACACA